AGGGUUACACAUCCUGCUUUACAUCGAGGGGGGCUGACAGAUAAUCCACUUGCAACGGCUGAAUAAUAAAGUUGAGGUGGAAAAAGCCAAGCUGCAUUUUGAAAUGUAUUCCAACAGGAUUGAUGGACCUCGAAGGGGGAGAUCAUUCGACUCCAUGAAUAAAGCCUAUGAAGAAAAACUACUCAACAAUGAGAUUAACAAAUCAACCUUCACAAAAAUAGAAGAAAACACUGAGAAGAAUACACUGGAGAAAGGCAGAGCAACAAUUAUCUUUUCCCUUAAGAAUGAAGUGGGAGGACUUGUAAAGGCACUCAAACUCUUCCAGGAAAAUCACGUCAACCUAGUGCACAUCGAGUCCAGGAAAUCGAAAAGGCGCAACUCCGAGUUUGAAAUCUUUGUGGACUGUGACAGCAACCACGAACAACUCAACGAAAUCAUCCAGCUGUUGCGGAAGCAUGUGAGCGUGGUGGACAUGGAGCCUCCAGAUAAUUCCUGUCUACCGGAGGAAGAUAUGCAGAAUGUACCGUGGUUCCCAAAGAAAAUAUCCGACUUGGACAAGUGUGCCAAUCGUGUCCUGAUGUACGGUUCUGAUUUGGAUGCUGAUCAUCCGGGUUUCAAGGACAAUGUCUACCGCAAAAGACGAAAGUAUUUUGCAGAUCUCGCAAUGGCCUACAAACACGGUGAGCUGAUUCCUCGCAUAGAGUUUACAGAGGAGGAAGUGAAAACAUGGGGUGUUGUGUAUAGAGAGCUCAACAAGUUGUACCCCAGCCACGCUUGUAGGGAAUACUUGAAAAACUUGCCACUGCUCUCCAAAUACUGUGAAUGUCGAGAAGACAAUAUUCCCCAACUGGAAGACGUUUCUCGCUUCCUCAGGGAACGCACCGGGUUUACCAUCAGGCCUGUGGCUGGUUACCUGUCCCCUCGUGACUUCCUGGCUGGUUUGGCUUUCCGUGUUUUCCAUUGCACCCAGUAUGUGCGACACAGCUCUGACCCCUUAUACACCCCUGAGCCGGACACGUGUCAUGAGCUACUGGGUCACGUCCCCCUACUGGCGGAGCCCAGUUUUGCACAAUUUUCCCAGGAGAUCGGCCUGGCUUCAUUGGGAGCCUCGGACGACUCUAUUCAGAAACUGGCCACAUGUUAUUUUUUCACAGUGGAGUUUGGCCUAUGCAAACAGGAAGGACAGCUGAGAGCAUAUGGGGCUGGACUGCUUUCAUCCAUCAGUGAGCUCAAGCACGCCCUUUCUGGAAAAUCAAAGAUCAUGCCAUUCGACCCCAAAGUAACAUCCAAACAAGAAUGCAUCAUCACAACUUUUCAGGAUGUUUACUUUGUAUCAGACAGCUUUGAGGAGGCCAAAGUCAAGAUGAGGGAGUUUGCCAAGACCAUCAAGCGUCCCUUCACAGUACGGUACAACCCCUACACCCAAAGUGUGGAUGUGCUUAAAGACACUCCCAGCAUCAACAGUGUUGUGGAGGAACUCCGACAUGAGCUCGACAUUGUGGGUGACGCGCUGAACCGCCUCAACAAGCAACUCGGAGUCUGAAAUUUCAAAGCCCGCUUGCAGCCCUUUUGUGUCGUACCCCCCAAGCACUGCUGCUCUAGAUAUGCUGCUUGUGUAUCAACCUUUGUCAUUGAAUGUGCACUAAUUUUGACAAAAAGACCCUGUUGUCCCUCCUGCGUACAGAGACACUCAUGCUAUGAUGUCAGUGAAUUGCACAAACCAAAAGAUUCAUUUAUUUGGCUUUUACUCUGCGUCCUGUCUGUAUGCUUUUGUACCAGAAAAUCCCCUCAAUUCAAGUCAACCCUGUCGGCUAACCUGCUGUUGUACAUGAUCUUGUGAUUUUUUUUUAUUUUAUUGUUUUGGUUCAUUAUCCAAUCUUCCUCACACUUGUGAUUAAAUAUAAAAUGCACCUUUAUAUUUUUAUUGUCUAUGUAUCAUGCUUCUUUCUGUGUAAUGCUGAGUGAAAUUAUACGAGCAAUGUAAUGAAAGUAUUUUGGUGGUUUCUUCUGACAAGCCCAUGCACACCUUCCAGUAAUAGGCCUACAUUUUUAAAUGCAGAUAUAUUUAGAGCUCUUCUGAAAUAACAAAAAAAAACCAUAUUUUUCUACAAAUCAAUGUAUAGACAUAAGAGUUAAUUAUGAUGUCUAAAAUGUCUUUUGCCUCAAUUUGGUAAAAAUCGUUAUAACUGCUUCUGUAGUAUGUAUAUAUGCAUAUUUGUAGUUUAUUGCAUGAAAUUAAAAUGUUUGAAUCAA